ACAGAAGAUUCCUUCAAUCUAGCAAGAACACGUCAUGUAGUUUGUGGACUGCAGCUGCCAGCCCUGUUAAACGACUCAUGGAUCUUGUUCCUGGACUCAGGGCGGUGAAGAUGUUUAUAUGAAGCGAUCAAGAGGCGUGAUCUUCCGCAUUAGUUCACACUGCAGUGUUGUGGGACCUCCUCACUUAGUUCGCUACAUGCUGCAUGUUGAAAUUCAUAUUUGUAGCCGGAGAGAAAAAGAGGAAAUGAGUCUUGCAUCGCUCGCUUCUUGUGCUUCUGUGAGUUUAACAUUGUAGGACCGCUGGAGGAUAACGCUUCGAGGUAAAAUGAAAGACCGACUGUGUGAGCUGCAGACCUUGCCCGCUAGCCCCUCAGAGGAGAGAAGUGGCCCCAAUGGGAACCAGACCCACAGCACCGAGGAUGAGGAACCUUCGGAGCAGGAGGCCAUCGUCUUUCAGGGCGAGGAUGUGAUGGAGAGCAUCUACAAAGAGGCCCAAACGAUGAGGAAGGAAAUGCUGCUCCUCAAGUUGGAUGUGAAGCGUCUGGGGAAGCAGAACUCUCGCUUCCUCACAUCUGUGAGGAGGUUAAGCAGCAUCAAGAGAGACUCUAAUGCGCUCGGCAAGGACAUCAAGGCACGGGGGGAGGCCAUUUAUGCACGGCUGGAGAAGCUGGGGAAGCUGAGCAAGGAGCAGGAAGAAGAACAUGGGCCUACUUCAGCUGUGGCCCGUAUGGUGCGCUCGCAGUAUGUGUCCCUGACCAGCGCCUUCCAUGAAGCCAUAUCUGAGUACAAUGAGGCUGAAAUGGUCCAGCGGGAGAACUGUAAAACCCGUAUUCAGAGGCAAGCAGAGAUCAUGGGCCAGGAGGUGAGCAGGGAGCAGAUAGACGAGAUGAUCGAGACAGGAAAGUGGAACAUCUUCUCUGAUAAUCUCCUUCUGGAGGGGAGGACUGCCAGAUCGGCUCUAAACGAGAUAGAGAACAGGCACAAGGAGCUGCUGGAGCUGGAGAGUCGCAUCAAAGACAUCCACGAACUCUUCUUCCAGCUGGCCUUGCUGGUGGAGGAGCAGGGCACCAUGCUGGACAACAUAGAAGCAAAUGUUGGUGCAACUCAGAACUAUGUCGCCAAGGCUGGAGUUCAGAUUAAGCAGGCCAAAAUAUACAAGAAAAACAAUCCAUGCAAGAAACUUUUCUGCUGGUGCUUCCCUUGCUGCAAAUGAGAAUACUUCCUCAAAAUAAUUAUCUUUCCUGCAUCUCCAGGGCUGGCCCAAAGCAUAAGCAAACUCAAGUUGCAGCUCAUGGCACCCCCCAAGUGAGCUUCAAUUCCCCUUCAGAAUUCAGUUUUCAAAACUUCUAAUUUGUUGUUACAUUUAUCAAGGGCAAGCCUAAUUUUAAGUUUGAUUUAAGGUUUGUCAAUUGCAAAUUAGAAAACAAUUUAAUUUCCAAAUUUUAAAUUAAAGAAAAACAGUCCUUGCUAGAAACUUUUCUGUUGUUGAUUCCCUUGCUGUAAAUCAGGCUUGAGCUUUUUAAAUGAUUAAUAAUAUAACAUUUACAUUUAUUUUGGAUUUAAAUGAACUAUAAAAAGUAAAAGUUGUAAUCAUACAAACGAAAAAUAUUUUCAUGAUUUAAUGUCACUAGCUUUAUAAUAAUCUAUUUUUCAUGCACACAAUAACAGCAAACUAAUCAGUAAAUCCCAGGCUCUACUGAGUCUACAGUGAACAGCUGUCAUCAGAAAAGGACUGCCAAACCAAAUGAAUGAGUCAGAGUCUUCUCAAUAAUGUUACAAUUUGUUUUUUAAUAAAUAUUCUGAACUGAAAUUGGGGCCGUGAAACAACUUCUACCCAGGGCCCCAUAAAAUCUUGGGCCGGCCCUGUGUAUUUAAUUCAAAAUGUUGCCCUGCAGCAGCGGUUUCCAACACCAGUCCUCUGACAUCGUUAUUUCUUUUACAAUGUUCAUUUAAGAAGAAGGAAGAGUCAUUUCAAACCACACACGUGCAAACGCAGUCUAUGCAAUUUGGUUGUUACAUUUCCUCAUUGUUACUUUGAAUAUACUUUAAAUAAUGCCUAUGCAUCUGCUGUAAAGCCAUAAAAACUGAAAUGUAAGACCUUUCAGCUAUCUGCCUUGACUAUCGGCUUUGUAAUUUCUGCUGUGUAAAAUAUUUAAAUGUGAUUUUAAGUGUAAAUAAAUGCCUUGGAGUGGCUAGUUUUCACAGACCAAGAAUGAAAGUA